AUGUCAAGUGGUUUCGUUUCUUCUAAUGAAUUAGACGAGGAAAAGAAAAAACGCCAGGAAGAAUGGGAAAAAGUGAGAAAGCCAGAGGACCCUUUGAGUGCUCCCGAACCUGAGGUUUGCAAUAAAACACUAUUCGAACAAUUGAGAGAUAAUAAAGAUGCUAAAGAUGCUGAAAAGGCCGAAGCUAAGAAGUUUAAAAACAUGAUUCGGGGGAUAGAUGAAGGCGAAAGUGAGUUCUUAUCAAGCUUUUUUGACGCAAAGGCCGAAAUGGAGAAACAAAAAGAAAAGGAGGAACUAGAACUUCUCAAACAAAUGGAGAAAGCUAAAACUCAAGUCGUGCAAGAGGCUCCUUCAAUAACAGCUUCCAUACCUGUUGCGAGUAGUGGAGUAAAAUCCAAGCAAGCAAGUCUCCUCUCCUCCGCUAUAAAGAGAAAAUCAGACAAUGCUGAAGGUCCAAGUGCUCAAAAAAUCAGUAAGAACCAGAAAACAGAAGAAGUCAUUCACACGAAUCCAAGUGCUCUGCAAGUUAUAGGAGUCAUUCCUGGUAUAGGAAGUUAUGAUGCAUCCAGCGAUAGUGCGUCUAGUUGCUCAUCGGACGACGAAGGUAUACUGCCCGUUUUGCAAACAACUCGUCCUGAGAAGCCAACAGCGGAACAUUCUUGA